AUGUUUUUGUCUCGAGGUGUGUUCAAAGCCCUUAUGGAAUGCAUAGAUAAUGAUCUAGGAGUUACGCCGAAUAUGACUCUUGAGCCAUAUGCAGAACAGAUGCAAAGAUCAUCCACAUCGACUUGGCAUGCAGCAUCAUCAUCCAGUACAUACUAUGUGAAUACCCUCACGUUGUCGAAGAAUGCUCUAACGUCUUCUACACGCGGAAGCAAGCGUAUGGGUGUUUUUGUUAAGGGUAAUGAGAUCGAACGCCUUUGCGCUUGGUUAAAUCCUCUUGGUGAUGCAACUGAGGAGGGUGUUGCCCCUGUUGAGCAGUGGAUGAAAAGUACCUUGCCAGAGGCGAGAAUGGAAGCUAGAGUAUUGAAAGAGAACGCUAGAUUGGCAUGGGACAUCUCACCAGAGCUAGCGGUCAACUUACCGACUAGGUACGAGUUUUUUUUCUGUAUUUCUCACAGAAGAUCCGUAAAAACUAGGAGAUUCCGCACAUGUCCAUCUCUUCGUGACACUUUGCAAGAUAUGGUUCGUUGCCAACCUGAGGCUGUCUCGCACAUUCCUGAGGCGCUUUCGCUGUUUCUGGGAGAUUCCUCGACAUUUGAACAUAGUGAAAUUGCUCAUGUGCUGACAUGGUCUACUUGUUCCCCUGUGAUGGCUUUA